CUGACAUUUAAAACAGAGAUUUUUUACGGAGAAAGAUAGAGGCAGCAAAAGGAAGCAGCUCCCAAAUAUUUUAAAAACAAUCAUAUUAAGCAAAUAUAAUAUAAACAUAUUGUUGUUAAGCUAAAUCUCCAGCAAAAGGACAUUACGCAGAUAAUAAAUUUUUAGUGAACUGUGUGCAAAAUAUUGCUAGAAUUGGAAAAUUUUCUUUCAUUAAAUGAUGGACAAACACACACAUAUAUUUUGACGAUAUACUACAAAAGAAUUACGUGAGUGCGCACACCACCAACAAGCAAACGAACGGCAAGUUGUAAUUGGGCAGUAGGAAAAGAAAACUAUCGUCGAAACCCUGUUCACUAUUGCUUCCCAUUGGCAGCGAAAAGAUUAUCCCAAACCCAUAAAGGCAGGCUGAACGGUAUUUCAGGGCAAUCAUAACCGAGAAAACACCGAUUGCCGAAGCGAAAUACAUAUAUAUGUGCUAUUCCCCCCAACUUGCGAUUCAACAAAAAGAAUCUCAUUGUAAAACAAGUGUAGCAGCAGCAGCAGCUGUAAUUUAGGGGAGUUGUGUCUGGUGUAAUGUUGCUGUUGUAUAAGUGCAUUUGUUUGUGGAUGUGCUAAUUUAUCUUCCUCAUCAAAUGCAAAAGGUCUCACAGAUGGCUGUCCAGUACAUAUAGGCCGAACUUGGGGAUUAAGUACUACGACCGAUCGGCCGACAACGACAAGUGGCAGCAACAGCAAAAGGUUACAACAAGAAGAACCAAAAACCGCACCCUUUGCACUUGCUACUGCCUUUAACGUAGCAGUGCAGGAUAGACGUUAUGACUUCGCCUCUACAUCAAUUGGAUAUAUUUGAACUAAGGCCACUGAUAACAAAUUUCAAUUGUAAAUUAUCAACCAUUACCGAAUAUGAUUGCCACAAACAGAUGUUGUGUUUGGUCUCAGAGGACAAUGACAUUGUUCUGCGCUAUACAAGUGAGGGUGGUCAGGAAGUCUUAAAGCUGGUUUCAUGGUUUCGGCGCACCAAUAGGGUCAUACAUGAUAUAUGUUUUGAUCCAUCUGGAACAUGGUUACUUGUGUUAUGUUUCGACAACACCCUACACAUUGUCCCUGCCUUGGCGGUGGUGGACAAAGCAACCUUGGAGGCAAAUGCCAAAAAUUCUGUUUACCCUUCCCUGUACAGCACCACACAAGUGACAUCAUACAUAAUACCAUUUGUUGGACCACAUGAGUGCCCCAACUCAAAGAAAUGUCCCAACAAGCUAACAUCAAAACGCAAUUCUGGCCUUGGUUCUGCCGCCGCCUCAGCGCUUAGGAAUGAGGAAAAGCCUCAUACGUCAAAAGAACAACCAUCAAAUAAUGAGGCUGGAGAUGAUGAAAAUAAUAAAAAUGUAAAUGUUUUGGUUGAGCAAGUGGACGGUUUGCAGCUGGAAGACAAAGCUGAAGAAGACGAUUCGUUGGUAGUGGUCCAGGUAGAUGGGAACAUUGAUGUUUUCAGUCAAGAUGUACCUGCAGAAAUGUUGGCCUCAUCGGCCCCACAAAAUCUCAUGGUUGAUGACAAGACCGGCAACAGUCAAUUGCCAGCAAUGAAUAUGUCCUUUAUGGCCUCCAACACUUGUCCAUAUCCCUUGUCAGUGGUGUGGUGGCGUACAUUGGAGGGUGUCAAUCGGGCCGUAAUCGGUUACUCAGAUGGUUCAAUAUGUUUUGUGGGUCUUAGUCCAAAUUGUCCAUUUGUGGCUAGCACCUCUGUGGAAAGUGGUUCAGUGGUGAAAUUGCUCAUAUGCCGGGAUAACACCUUUGAUAGUGUAAUGUUAUUGAUAACAUCCUCGUUGAAACAACAAUUCAAAUUACUCUUGGAACAAAAGGCCAUUGAAUACACCUAUCCGGGAGAAAUAUCUCCCACGACAACAACAACCCAAACCAAAGAAAAAGAUGACUGGCAAAUUGUUUUACCUCUCAAAAAUACCAGCAGCAACAAUAGCAGUAAAGAAUCAUCAUGUGAACGUAACAGUCAAUCCGAUGAGGAUGUAUUUCUUCUUAAAGAGGAGACGACAUCAUCGGGUGCUGCAAAUGUGAAUGCAAAAGACAUUAACCUGCCGCCUCAAAUCCAACAUGUAGCACAAAUUAAUAGCGCACGUCCGGGAGGAGAACCACCUCCACCGCCCCCACCCAAAUUGACAUCUUCCGGUAAUGCACAAAGCAUGGCUGGCCUUGAAACCAACGGAAAUAAUCCUCAACCUCCGCCACCACCAUAUUCUGUGGCCAUUACCCGUCAUUUGGAUAAUAAAGAUGCCGCCAUAACUACAACGGCUUCAAUGGGAAGUAGCGUAGUAAUCCCCAGCUCAAGUGAUCGCAAUAAUCAAUCGCAACAAAUGGAUAGUGAAUCGGAGUUUGAGAAAAAUAUAAGAGGUGGUUAUAUACCGGCAGCCAGAGCUCGUUUGGCAUCUCUCAAGUCGUUGGGAUCGAAAAAGUUAAAUGCCAUUAAAAUGCGUCUUUCCGAUAAACGGCAAAAGAUCGAGGAAUACAUGCCAGACAAUUCACUGGGCUCUUCGUUUGCCAUUGUGGACUCACCCUCGUUGACACCAGAAUUACUGGCCAAUUCGGCUGGUUCCUUUUAUACCAUCCAAAAUUUACGCAGUACAUAUUUGUUGAGUGCUUUGCAUAGCCAGUCGAAUAGCUUUACCGUACACAAUAUCGAUAUACAUUUAAAGCCAUUGUUUCUUUAUAAAAUACCACGGGAUUGUGUGGAUAUUUUGAUUAGUUCCAAUAUUUUAUAUACCAUACAAUAUGUGGAUUAUUAUGGAGAGGCAUUGGCAACGCCACCAUUGGUGGCUGGGAGUAAAACAAAACAACCACAGCCACAAGAGCAAAAGAAUCAAAAUACCGAAAAGGAAAAUCGUGAUAUGGAUGUUGAAAAACAUGAAAAAUAUGCUGAAGAAAUUGCUGCUGUCAUGGAAGAUUUAAAUGAUGGCGAUGAAGCAUCAGGCCAGCAUGCUGCCGUGAAAAGGGAUACUAGCCAGGAAGAAAGUGCAGCGGACACAAGUGCCGCCUCCACAACUUCAGAGCACUAUAGCCAAGACAGUUUGACGCCAAGUAAUUCUAUAAAUGCUGUUGGUGUUAUAAGCAGUGCUAUGGCUUCUCUGCGCAAGGGAGAUGAGGAUAAAUUCAAUACAUUUUCCCAACUGGGCCUAUUUCGCUUUGAACACGAAACUGUUUUGAGCCUCUAUCAAAUGGCAACUUUCCGUCCAACCACAACUACCGAAACCAUAUCAAAAGAUGAAAAAACCAAAGUAUUUGAAUGCAGUGAUAUACGUUCGCCCAUGGACUAUGUUAAGUUUUAUGAGACAGCUGAUGUCAAGGAGGAGUUGUCACUGCGCCAAAUGGAAAUAAUGGCGAAUGAAUUUCCAAAAAUUAAUUUCGAUCCAUGCUAUGUUGUGACGAACAAAAAUGUCUACUACAUACAGCUGAAAAAAGAACCUUUUGCCACAUUUUUGGAAUGUGCUUUGGCCGGUGAGUGGACACAGUGUCGUGAUUUCUGCAACACCUUCGAUUUGACCUACGAGGCUUGUAUUGAAUUCGCCGGUGAUUAUCUGUUGCGUCGUAAAAAAGUAACACAGGCAUUGCUCACCUAUAAUACGGCACGCAUAAAACCCAUUCGAACUGCCCUCAAACUGGCAAUGUUUGGACAAACCAAUGCCUUGAUGCAUCUGUGUGCCAUGGCUCUGAAAUUGACACAUGUGCUCAAAUCGAAAUAUUUUUGUCAUCCCAUAAUAAAAACACUGAUGCCCGACAUUACAUACCGUCAUUCGGAAAAUGUCGAACCCAUCCUACCGCCUACACCAUCACAAUAUGCGGCUGAGGGUGUGCGGGUAAAUGAAGGUCUGGCGUGUAGUGACUACAUUUACGGUGUUGAUGAGCCCAUGAGUCAAUUACAAAUGUCAGCCUCAUCCCAAUUUCAUUUGGCUAAUUUGUUGCUCAUCACCCUGGCUGAGAAGGCGGUCAACGAUAAGAACUAUAUACCAUUGUGGAAUUUCCUGGUAACCAAUGGCAAAUAUCAUACAAACAUGACCAGUAUUGUUUUGUGUCAAAGUGGUCUGUUUUCGGCAGCUUUAUUAUUGGCCAAAGUCCGGGGUGUUUGCAUUGAUACAUUUUUGGCUUUGAACAGUGUUGUUGGCCAGGAAUUUGGUUGGUAUUCGGAGGUCAAUGUUUGUCUGUACAAUUUGAGUGAGAUCAUGUUCACGGAAACCAUUACUUAUUUGCCUAAUGUGGCUAUCGAUUAUUUUACCUUCAUACAAGAUAAGCUGCAAAACAUAAGGCCAAGUGUUUUAAGGCGCCUGGAACAACAACUCAAUCCAUUUUCACCCACCAUGCGGCCCAUUGUUUCACACACCUCAUCCAUUUCAAAUUCAAACGACAAUAAUACAUAUUUACUGGAAUUUUGUAAAAAUCUCAUAGAAACCUAUUUAGCUGUACUCAUACAUUUGGAAUCUCAACGUUCCAAGACGGAUCGCGUUUUGAAUGCUUUAAAUAACUUCCGUUUAACAUAUGAAGACAAUCAAUUUGCCAUCGAAGCGACACGUUUUAAACCAAUAUCGGCCGGAUGUGCCCAUUGUGCCUGUGUUGUGGAUGGUGUUGCCUACUUUUGGGGCACUAAUGGUGUGCCUUGCAACUAUAGCGUAAGCAAGUCAUCGGACUCUCCUGAACCUCCAUAUGCUGUGAAAAGUAUGGAUUUGCUUUCCCAAUUAAAUUUGCAUGUCCAUGCUGUCAAAUGCGGAAGGCAGCAUACGCUGAUUCUAACCAAUAAUGGGCUCUACUCCUUGGGCAAUAAUAAUCUAUGCCAAUUGGGUAUUGGAAAACACAUGCAAAUGACUUUACAACCCAUGCUGGUAAAAGCUUUCGAUGGCAAGAAUAUAACUAUUUUAGAAGCAGGACAAUAUCAUAAUGCUGUGGUAGCUGAUGGUAUGCUAUAUACCUGGGGUUGGGGUGUUUAUGGUCAACUAGGUCAUGGUGAUACUGAAAAUGCAGCUGAACCCAAAUUGGUUUCAUUUUUCAAAUAUAAGAAAAUAUUGCAAGUCUCAUUGGGACAUGCUCAUACAUUGGUGCUAUGUGAGGGUCCAAGAGAUCGUAACACUACCGAACUUUAUGUUUUUGGUUCAAACAAUUUCGGUCAAUUAGGUUUGGCAACCACAAAACCGGAUGGGGAACAACAAGGCACAGCCGCUGCAUCAAGUGAUGAUGGCAUUAAUUAUAGUGGUCAGGUGAAGUAUGUGUUGCCGCAGAGACUGGAAAUUCCUGGCGCAGCUAGAAUAAGACUGAUUCAUACGAAAUUUUUCACUAAUUUGGUUGUUGAUGAAAACGAGCACAUGUAUACCUGGGGCUCCUCACCCCAGGCACUGCGUCUGGCCAAUCAAAUAAAACGUCGAGCAAAUGCCAAACAGAAAAAUGAAGAGGCCCAACGUCGUGAGAUGAGCAAACGUUUUGAGGCAACUCUAAGUGAAAAUGUGGCGGUGACAACGGUAGAAGCCGAUAUAAAUGUGACGCCAGUGCCCACCGUUGAUGCCCCAUUGGUGGCAGCAACUGCCACAACGCCAAGUGUAACCUUAACUUCGCCAAUUUCGGAAAAGCCCCUUGUAAGCAGUGAUGCCGAUAUUAGCAUAGUAAAAGAUAAAAUCCCACUUAUUAGUGGGGACGAUGAAAUUGUCAUUGAUAACACGCCGGUUAUACCAGCAGCAGCAGCAGCAGCAGCAGCGUCAUCGACUACUGUUGUAGAUGCUCCUGUUGCCGAUAUAAAUAUACAAUUGAUAGAGGAUGAAAUUGUGGCUGAUAUACCGGUUGUCAAGACCACACACAGUAAUGCUCAGGAAAAAGCCGAAAUCCAAAGUGAGGCAACCGUUGUGCCACCAACUGCUGCCAUAAUUGAUGUGGAUCCUUGCGAGCAUAUGACUCCGCAUCUGGUGGACACUUCCGAGGUGGCAGGACAAAUUUUGCAGGUUUCAAGUGGCCUAUUCCACUUUGCCUUGAUCUCUUCUUCAUGUACCCUCUAUACAUGGGGUAAAAAUUUGGAACAUCAAUUGGGUACCGAGGAUAAGGAACGACGUGCUGUAAGCAAACCCUCACCCAUUGAUAGUAUUGAUCGUCCCAUGUAUGUGGAUUGUGGAGCCGAUUUUACUCUAGUCAUGACAACAGAUUUUGUUGUCAAAGCAUUUGGCGGUAAUUCGAAUGGACAGUGUGGUCGUGAUUUGGGUGCAUGUAUAGACAAUAAAAUGAAACAACGGGUAGUGUGUUUGCCCACCACCAAGCGUCUAAUGCGCUUCGAAAGCCAGUGUGUUGAAGUUCCCGUAGAAAUUAACUUACCACGUCCUCGCAUUCGAUUGGAUUAUGAGCCAGUUCGAUAUCUAAAGACAAUACCACGCUACAAAUGCUACUUCCUGCAAGAGGCUGAAAUUGAUUUUGAGCAAUGCUAUGACAUGGCAUCGAGUUCAGCCAAUCAAAUAACCGGACAGGAAUCGGAUGAUAUGAUCUCUUCACUGGAAAAUAUUAGUCAAAAUGAAAUCUCUUCGCUGCAGGCAUCACCCAAUAUGCCCCUACUGGCCAAUGAUCAACUUUUGGAUCCAAAUCAAUUAACAGCUAAUAGUUCGUAUGAAUGUUCGCCGGAUGAGCAAAGUUAUUGUAGGCUACCAAAUGCCUGCAAUAUGUCGACUAGUGUCACAGACAAUGGCAACAGUCUUGGUGGUUUAGUGAAUCCUAAAACUCAAAAUCCCUUGGAAAAUCAGGCAUUGAAAAAUAACAAUAACUCAGAAGAUAGUGAGGAGCUUCAGCAGUUGUGUCAUUAUAUCCAUUAUUGUUUGUACAUCUUCCAUGGCCUUUAUAAUCCCGAAAAAGUCAGAGAAUUUUCCAAAGAUCGCCUAGAAUAUCGCAUACGUACUCUAAUGUUAAAUUUCAAAUAUGUUGAUGCCUUUGAACUAUGUUUGCGUAGCGUACACAAUGCCAGUUGUGCCCUUAAAAUCUUCGAAUAUUUCUCCAAGGAUACCGGUUACGUGCCACUGCGCAGAGCUGACCUUAGAUUUCUGAUAUACUAUCUGAUGCAACAUUUUAUGGAACGCAAUUAUGACUUGACGCUGUGUGAGAAUUUCUUUUUGGCCGAUUUAGAUUAUUAUCUGCUGGAAUUGGCCUAUGUAUUGUAUUUCAAUAAUAACAAUACUGAGUUGGAGCAAAAUCUCAAUGAGAAAUUUAAGAAUCUCAUUGCACGCAGCGAAGAUGUCGGUAAUAAUCAACAGCAAAAUAUUCAACAUCAUUUGCAGCAACAACAGACAAUGGCUGGGGCACCAGAAGCCGAUGUACAUCUUGCCACACAUAAACUUCAGGAUACCGAUGUGAUAUUUGAGUUAUUAAGUGUGAAAUUCAAAACUAUUAUUUGCCAGCGCCUUUUAAAGUUUUGCAAUACAUAAUCAAGCAGACGGUCAGACGAAGUAUGUGUGGGGGGACGAUGACGACGACGAGACACACCUAUUAUCAUUAUUCUAUUGUUUUUUAAGAUAAAGCCCAAAUUGAUCUUUUUUUUGCAGCAGUCCUAAAAAAUGGGACACUCAAUUUUUACAAAUAUCGUAUUGUUCUUAAAUUAUUUUAGUUCAAACAGAAGUUUUAAUUGAAAUUGUUUUUAUGAUUUUUUUCUGUUCGUGUUUGUCUCUAUUAUAAUUUGUAGUUUCAUUCUUUUUUAAUAACUGUAUAUUUAUUUUAACUAUUCAUCUUUCUUCUUAAACAAAACAACCUACCAUAUUUUUUAUCCACAACACACACACAUCCUUAUAUAAACAUAUUAAUUUAUUAUUGUUAUUUUGUUGUAGUUUUUCUUUUUUAAAUUCAUAUAUAUGUACCCAAUAUUUUAUGUGAAA